UGUGUAAGAUUUCUACAACUCAUCAUACCUACCUUCCAAAUCCUUGAGCAGCUACAUAGAGGUGUACAUUUACAUAUAUGUAUGUGUUUAUAUAUGACGGUAGCCGGUGGGUGUAAAUUUUUCGAUUUGUCUUCUCCUUUUAUUAAUUCAUACAUCACCUUUAUUCCCUGACAAAUUGUUUUCAUCAAAUUUUUUCUCACCCAGCAAACCCAGAAAUUUUUUUGUCAACCUUCUUCAGUUUUGGUGUCAUCAAUGGCUUCUAGAAUACUAUUUAUGCUUAUAUUCUUGUGUUAUUUUGUAAACCCAUCUCUUUCUGAUCCAAGAGCUACCCAAGCAGCUCUAAUAUGUACCAAUACUACUGCAGCACAGUCAGAUCGACAAGUCUUUGUGGCGAACUUCUUAGCUGCCAUGGACACAUUGACCCCAUUGGUCACCCGGCAAAGAUAUGGUGGCGUUGUUAAUGGGUCUGGUAAUACAACAGUCUAUGCGUUUGGUGAGUGUAUGGAAGAUUUGUCACAAACGGAUUGUAAUCUCUGCUUUGCACAGUGCAAGACUCAAAUUCUCAGAUGCCUCCCAUUUCAGAGAUUGAUUCGUGGUGGUAGACUUUUCUAUGAUGGCUGUUAUCUGAGGUAUGAUGAUUAUAUGUUUUUCAAUGAGAGUUUGAGUUCAGUUGAUAGUACUGUGUGUGGGGUUACUGAUUUUGGUGGUAAUCAAAGUUUGUUCAGAGUUAAUGUUAUGGAGUUGGUGAGGAAUUUGAGUGUUGAAGGGCCUAAGAAUGGUGGGUUCUUUACUGGGUCUGUGAGUAGAGGGAAUUUAUCAGUUUAUGGGCUUGCUCAGUGUUGGGAAUUUGUGAAUGGGAGUGCUUGUGAGGAGUGUUUGGCAAACUCAGUAUCAAGGAUUGGUUCUUGUCCUCCAAAGGAAGAAGGAAGGGUGUUGAAUGCUGGUUGUUAUGUGAGGUAUUCAACCCAAAAGUUUUAUGACAAUUCCACAGAUGAAACUGGAACAAAUGGAGGAGGAGGCAACCGCUUGGCUAUAAUUCUGGCUGCAACUUUUGGUGCUGUCGCUUUUGUUCUAUUCGUAGCAACAGUUUCUUUCUUUCUGAAUAGAAAAUUUGUGAAGCAGAGGAGAGAGAUGAAGCAACUAGGUGCUCUAUUGGACUCUGUUAAUAAGUCCAAACUCAAUUUUUCAUACGAAACUCUUGAAAAGGCAACAAACUACUUCCAUGAAUCCAAUAAGCUGGGUCAGGGAGGAUCUGGAUCAGUUUACAAAGGGAUUUUGCCAGGCGGGCAAGCUGUUGCAAUAAAGAGGCUUUUCUUCAAUUCAAGCCAAUGGGUUGAUCAUUUCUUCAAUGAGGUCAACUUGAUCAGUGGCAUCCAGCACAAAAAUCUGGUCAUGCUGUUGGGUUGCAGCAUUACUGGCCCUGAAAGCCUUCUUGUUUAUGAAUAUGUGCCGAACAGAAGCCUUCAUGAUUACAUUGGUGUUACAAGGAAUGUCGAGCCUUUAACGUGGGCACUGAGGUAUAAGAUCAUACUGGGCACAGCGGAGGGCUUGGCCUAUCUUCAUGAGGAAUCGAUAGAGCGAAUCAUACACAGAGACAUAAAGUUAAGCAAUAUACUUCUCGAUGAGGACUUCGCGCCAAAAAUCGCUGAUUUUGGGCUUGCUAGACUAUUUCCAGAAGAUAAGACUCAUAUUAGUACUGCCAUUGCCGGCACACUGUAAGUUCAACAACUUUGACUGAUCUUCUAGAUAUUUUGCCUUCCUCUUCGUUAACCAACUAAAGAGAAAAAGCAAAUAAGACUGCCAUUGUGUAGACCUUUAUGACAGAUCAGGCUAAGUGACUAGUCUGAAAUCCUUUGGGUUUGAAAUUACCAUGUCAAACACAUCCUACCUACCUAUGUUGGCUCUCGGUGCCCUUGACAGUUUAGUUGUCGUGCAUAAUUUUAUAAUUCGUGCCAAUUUGAGUUUUUUGUUUUGGGUGCAAUCCAAACAUGGUACCUCUAUUUUCCAUGGAGUUCAUUCAUCACUCAUUAUCAAGUAAUCCUCUUCAGCUAAUAUUCACUGUAAACAUCUGUAUUUGGCAUUCCAUUUUUCACACCUGUCUAACACUUUACCUCUUGUAUUCAUACCAAAUGAAAAUAAACCAGAACUCUUCUUGCAGUGGUUACAUGGCACCAGAGUAUAUUGUCCGUGGCAAAUUGACUGAGAAGGCAGAUGUUUACAGUUUUGGAGUUCUUGUGAUUGAACUCAUCAGCGGAAAGAAGAAUAAUGCUUUCUCUCAAAAUUCAUUCUCCAUACUACAAACGGUCUGGAACCUUUAUGGAGCAGGGAGGUUGUGUGAAGCUGUUGAUGCAUCACUUGAGGGUAAAUUCCAAGUUGAGGAGGCAUAUAGGUUACUUCAAAUAGGUCUACUUUGUGUACAAGCCACUGCAGAAUUGCGCCCAUCCAUGUCUACCGUUGUGAAAAUGAUAACAGAUACCCAUGAAAUUCCUCAGCCAACGCAGCCACCAUUUCUCAAUUCCAGUAGUACAGAGAUCACUCCAUUUAGUCAGCCUGGUACUUAUGUUUUUCAACCUAAUUCAAACACACAGUCUUCCGGGAACAGCAUGACAGAAAGCUUGAUUGAGCCUAGAUAAACUAUUUCCUUCAAUGUGUUCAUGUAAAAAAAUCGCCUAACCAAAAAUUCGUUUACCAUGAACACCACCAUUACCAGGUUAUAUCAUUCCUCAUCUAACAUAUUUCUGGUUGAUGCACAUCUUGCACUCCACUUAGACAAGCUUUUUGCUAUCUGGAAGAGAACAAUUGAAGCCGAUCUUGUUCGGGCACAUCUGCAAGUUGUUUGUAAUGGUUUUCAUCACCCUUCAUGGAUUUGUCUCAUGAACCUAGUGUUGUAGAGCAUUUUAACCUCCAAGCAUAGCUGAGAUGAUGAGUCAGUUUUAGAGCUAAAUGACUUAUUGUAAAUUCACUUGUAAAGAUACUCCAUUUCAUAGAGAAUGAAUGUGAUUAUUCUGUAAUUAAUACUUGCUUGAAGGGCAAUUGAGCUUUAAUAAGA